AUGACCACGGCGGGGAUGACUCAGGCCAGCGCCAACAAGGGGCAAGUGGAGUCCACCCGGACCUUUCACGGCGUUUGGGCGGCAAGCGGCGAGAUUGCGCACCUCCUACGAGUGGAGUGGGGCCUGAGCAAGGGCGACCGAGUCGUGCUGGCCUUCAACUUUGGCCUGGGCUUCUUUGCGGUCUUCCUGGGCUGCCUAAGAGCCGGCAUCCUCGCCGUGCCGGUGUACCCACCCAACCCAGCCACGCUCAAGAAGUCUCUCCAGAAGUUGCAGCUCAUCGUCGACAGUUGUACGCCCAAGAUGAUCCUCGUCUGCCCACUCGUCAACAAGCUCCGCCUGUCGUCAAAGCUGCGAGCGGUGGCGACGGGAAAUAGCGACUGGCCGAAGUUACGGUACCACUGCUGUCCUGACGUCAAAGGGGAGACGAUCGCCGCCGCUGGGUGGAGGGGUGGCGGAAGCAAGCAGAUGGGCCCCGAAACGAAACGCCCGAGCUUCGACGACCCGACCAUCAAGCCGGGAGAUGUGGCCUUCCUGCAGUUCACCUCGGGCAGCACCUCGGAUCCGAAGGGGGUUAUGCUCACGUACGGGAACCUCACCCACAACAUCGCUUGCAUAAUCAAUUCUUCCGAUGCGCAAAUCGCAGCGCGAGGGGGGCCGGCGGAAGGCAACCGUACCUGGUUCUCUUGGCUGCCGACCUUCCACGACAUGGGGUUGAUCCAGGGAACUCUGGCGCCAUUCGUCGCCGGGUGGACGGCGGCGUACUGCUCUCCGAUCAGCUUCAUGCGACGACCUCUGAUGUGGCUGGAGCUCAUGUCCAAGGAGAAGUCCCAGAUGACGGCUGCUCCGGACUUUGCGUUUCGGCUUUGCGUGCGGAAAUGGAAGGAGAUGUCGCCGGAGAGUCGGGCGGCUUUGCACCUGGACCUGAGGCACAUCAUGUUCAUGCAGAGCGGCGGCGAGCCUGUCCGCGCUAGCACUGUUCGUGAUUUCGCCGAAGCCUUUGCUACCGUGGGCCUGCCGAGCUACACCUCCAAUGCAGCGUACGGUCUCGCUGAGCACACCGUCGCCUGCGGGGCCUUCAGCCCUAACCAUGGAGGGGGGAGCUUGAGCCGCAUACCCGACGAACGGCUGCAGGCUUCCGUGGAUGUCCAAUACUCCAACAGCCAAGGCGGUGUUAUCAAGAUCGUCGACCCCGAGACUUGCCGGGAGGUUCCCGUAGGGGAGACGGGGGAGAUGUGGAUAUCGUCGGACUCGGUGGCUGCAGGCUACUGGGGAAAGCCGGAGCUAACCCAGGGCACAUUUCGGGCACGAAUCGAGCGCGAUGUUGCCGACGGGCCUCCCACCCCACCAUGGGUCGAUUCAGAGUUUCUUCGCACCGGAGACCUAUGUCGCGUCGACGCCGAGGGCCUUCUGUACGUCGAAGGCCGGCUGAAAGACCUCGUCAUCGUCGCUGGGCGCAACAUUUACCCUCAGGACCUUGAGUUCGUUGCCCAAGACGCGUCGUCCCUCGUCCGGCCAGGGUGCAUUGCGGUCUUCUCUGAGACAGAACUCGGCGGCGGCUUGGAGAUCGUGAUGGAGGUGCGCGACGUGUCCAAGAAGAAUCCUCAAGCAGUCAGGGAAGCGCUGGAAGCCGUCCGCCGCAGCGUCAUCAGCGAAUGUGGUCUCACGCCUUCCAGGGUGGUCGCCAUCCAAGAGAGAACGAUUCCGAAAACUACCUCCGGCAAGAUUCAGCGGCGCCAGACGCGAACGAUGCUCCACGCGGGUGACCUAGACGUGGUGCAGGAGCUUCGUUUAGAUCCCGCAGAAACGGUCCCAGCGGCUGAUCCUGAUCUCUCUGUACGGAGCGACCGCGAGGCAUCGUCCACAGAAAUCCCUGCAGUACCUGCUACAGAGAGGGCGCCGCAUUUCGCGUCCACUUUCAAGCCUUCGCCGCAAACGACAGACGACCACUCUACGAUGGCCACCGGGGUUGAAGGGGUUGAAGAGUCCGACGACCUGCUAGACCUCGGAGUUGACUCUCUCCUGGCUGUUGGGAUCAGCAAAGACCUGUCCGAAGCCUCCGGAUGCGAGCUCCCACAGGAGCUUGUCUUCACGCACCCCACGGCGACCCUUAUCGCGGAGUUCAUUAGCUCUGCCGUUCAAAAUCGUGAAGCCAAGCCUCGUGCCAGGCUCUCGCCUGAGAGACCUGGGCGAGGAGUGGACUACGGGUCCCAUGCAAGGAUGGUCAUUCCGCCUGACCCAGAAUCGUCCAAGGUGCAGGCCCUUGGGCUUCUUGGAGUGCUUUCGCCGAUCAUAUGGUUCACGUGUUUCACCGCCAUCAUUGUGGUGACAAAGCUCCUGCUGGGCGCGCACCCCGAAGAGCGCGUCCCCCUGGGCACGCGGGCGUAUCUCUCCUGGUGGUACAUGAACACCAUGCUGAAUGUCUGGGAAUGCGUCGGUGGAGCGUGGUUGCUCGAUACCAAGCUGAUGAUCUUCAUUUAUCGCCGCAUGGGCGCAAAGAUUGCCUGGACUGCCAGCAUCAGCGUCUUCGUUCGCGACUUCGAUUCCGUGGACGUUCAGGCUGGAGCCAAUGUGGGUGGCAACCUGUACGUCCGGCGGUUUGAGUCUUCUUACAUGGACGUCAAGCCCAUCAUGAUUGGUAAAGGCGCGGACAUUAGGACCGGGUCCGUGGUGUACGGAGGGGCAAGCGUCGGGGAUCAUUGUGUCGUCGAGCCCCUUACCGUCAUUCCGCCGCUUUCGAAGCUUGCGCCACACUCCACUUGGGAAGGUCACCCUGCCAAGGAAACGAAGAAGGGUGGGGCAGCCCAUGGCAGCUUGUCGCUGGAUGUCCCUGGCCCAUGUGUCGCCGUACCCUGUCUGAUCGAGUUGGUGAAGCUGUUCUCGAUCCUCUGCACCAUGAUUGCUAUGACGACAAUGACCUACAUCCCGACCAUCCUGUACGAGUCUACCGGCCUAUCGGGGAACUUCCGCUACGCGGUCCUGGUCAAGAUCGUUUUUCUCGUCGCCGGAGUACCGAGCCAGCUCGCUCUCUACACUGUUUUGCUCAAGUGGGCUCUCGCAGGUCGGGUGACAGAGGGCUCCUACCAGCCCACCGUCUUCCAGACCUGGCGACGCUGGUACCUCGGCAGGCUUAACUCGCUUGUAUUCGCCUACUUGCACCCCUUCAACAUGUGUCCGAGAUACGAGUGGUGGGCGGCCGCCCUUGGCGUGAAAGUGGGGCGUGGGUCGGUCGUCUUGCUGCAAGGGUACAACCCGGAGGACGCACACUUGGUUUUGAUUGGCUCCGGAGCACACGUCGGUACCCCGGCUCUCUCCGUCGAUCGGCCGACCGGACGUGGCGCUGAACGAGAGAAGAAGGCAAUAGUGAUCGGGUCGAAGGCAUUAGUCGGGUUCAGGGCACACCUUGGCGCCGGCUGUACCGUCGGCAAUGAUGCAAUGCUUGGUGGGUACUCCAAGCUAAGGCCUGGAGAACAUCUCCCCGACGGAUCGGUGACGAUGUGCGACCAGCAGAGUGCCUUCCAACUUCGUGGUGCUGCCCACACCUCGCCCACACAAAGCGAUGUCCAUGAAGAUCCCGGCGACGCUGUCAAGGCGAACUUGAUCGACGGAGCGUGCACCGUGGGGGCUUGCUCCCUCAACAUCCUGGCCUUGGUGGCAUCUUUUGAGGCGACCAAGCUAGCGGCAUCGUUGUGGUCGAAAGGCGAUUCCUUCGACACGAGGGUUGCCGUGCUUUCGACGGUAGCCUUGGUCGUGUGGGCACUGGCCUCGGCUGUGCUCCUUGCUGUCUUCAAGUGGGUGUUCGUCGGCGACUUCUGCAGGAUGCUUCCCGAAGGCCUACGAGAUGAACUCUCCGCCCAAGUUGGGCUACGUACAACAGACAUCGAGAGAGGGUCGGGCGGAGGGCAGCAAGAAACCCAGCGGCGGAAGCCGAACAAGCUCACGGCUUCGCAGGGUAUGCGGUGGCGGUGGAUGCAUCGCGUCGUAUACUUCUCUGUAUUCGAGACGCACAUUCUCAACACCGUCCUCAGAGGAACGUGGCUCCUCAACGUCUGGCUAAGGCUCAUGGGUGCAGACGUUUCCAUGAGCGCCCUGAUUCUAGGCAAGGUGGCAGACCACGGCAUGGUGAAGGUUUGCAGGGGGUCCAUAGUUGCUGGGGUUCUCUAUGGGCAUUGCGUCACAUUUAUCGACGGAGUCUGGUCCCUGGAAAUGGCGCCUGCUUCUGUAGGUGAGCGUGCGGUUGUACACGCCCACACAGCGAGCUUUUGCACGGAGAUGCGGGCUGGAUCAACAUUGACGGCCGGGAGCGCCACGCUUAGCGGACAGGUUUUGCAAGCCGGGGAAGUGUUCGGGGGCCGGCCUCCCAAGAAGCUAUCUAGAAGUUGGACCGCUGUAGCGCAACUCAUCUGAUUUUGAUCCAAGUGUGCUGGUAAUGAGUCAGUUCUCUUGGGAACACGGCAAUCCUCUAUUCUGUACCGAC